AUGGGUUACAGAAACUCCACUCCGGUCAAUGUUAUGCUCCACGAAGCUAAAGAACCCCCGUUGAAAAUGAGAUUUAAUUAUCUCUCUGCUAAGUUUAUUUACAAGACAUUUUCAAGAGAUUUCAAUCCAGUAUCCAGAAGUUUAAAAAGGCUAGAACUCGAAUCGCCGCUUGGAAUAAAGAGAUUAACUGCAUUAAAAAAUUCUCCGCUAUUCAAACAAUACAUUAUGCUAAGACACAAAGAAUCUGAAAUACAUCGAUCUGUUUAUCCUCCAGCUUUUCAACACGACUAUAAUACUAUGAUAUACAGACAUCCGUACGUUGCACUGCUAAGAGGACUUAAAUCCAGCUCUAAUGUUGUCGUUCAAAAAGAAUUUCUAACUAAAUCACUUGAAUUCAGAGAAGGCGCUAUUUCUUUUUACACUGAUGGCUCCAAAGGAGAGGAGAAUUCCCCAAUAACCGUCCACUGCCUGGGAGACGAGGCGACGUUACGGAGAUGGCUGGUCUACGAUCCCCGUCAGAGGGUACAGGGCUGGAGGUUCGCCUCCUACAUGCUGUUGCACUCAAACGCACUUCACCUCGCACUCAACGUGGUCAUUCAGCUGGUCCUGGCUACUCCACUCGAGGUAGAGCAAGGACGAAUAGGAGUGGCGACGAUCUAUCUGGGCGGCGGAGUCUGUGGUGCUCUGGGAGCGUCGCUUCUACAACCUAGUCUUUACCUGGUCGGCGCAUCGGCAGGUGUUUACGCGCUGCUCACGAGCCAUCUUGCUCAUCUCUACCUGUGUCACGGCGAGUUGCGCUACGCCGGCUGGCGUCUCGGUGCCGUGUUGCUGCUGGCCGGUGCGGACGUCGCGUCGCUGCCCAUCCCUGCGUUGCUCGGAUGCGGUCGGGUCGGUUGGGCGGCGCAUGUUGCGGGCGCGCUGGCGGGUCCGCUUCUGGGUCUGGCUGUGUUCCCGAAUCAGAGCAAGAAGGACGCCCGGGGCCGCAGAUUCGUGCGAUACGUGCGGCUGCUGUCGGCCGUGAGCGUGAUGCUGCUCAUCGUCGGCGCCAUCCUCGGCAACGUCUACCUGAUCGCCCUGCCGCAGCUCAGGAAGCCAUCCUGACAGAGGAUCGAGAUGCUCGUCAAGCUCUGCAGACGGUCCUUCCUGAUCGUGAAGAUCCGGGAGGCCGCCGAGGGCGUGUUCGAGUAGGCCCGCCGUGCAAACUCGCGGGAUCCGACCGAUCAUCGAUCGCGUCGUAACUGCCAGUGGACUUUUCCACUCUUCAGAGCUUCAGAUCUCACGUGAAUCUCGUGCAAUCCAGUCUCAAUCAUCCAUUAGACACACGAGAAGCAUUCACGCCAAAAUGACACGCGAUCGUGAUUAUUAGGCAAUCCGUGCGAAAAUUUUUACAUUUUACUCCAGGGGAAGAUCGUGUGAUCGGUACGCUGAUCGAGACGCUUGUGAAGAAACUUGGGCGAGCUCAGUGAAGUCAGUAGGAGGAAACACCAAAGAUCGACGACUCGUCAAAUUUGUUUGUGCUAUUCGCUGCCACUAGAAUCUUUAGGAUUUCGAGGACAUUAGACGGAGUAUGCGAAUAGAAUCAUGGAAGUACUGGAGAAGUGACUCUUUGCGCCUGAUACUUUGAUAAAUUUGAUAUUAUGAAUAUUGGUGAACGUCGCGACUUUUUCUACGGACAGGUAAGACGUUUCAAACUGCCAACCGCAACCCUACCUGCCGAUAGGAUCGGGUUGUACAUGUAACAUUUAAUAACACGCAUUUGUGCAAUGCUUUUUCUCGUUAUAUCGAUCUCGGUAUAUCUAUGGGCGAACAAGAUAAAAAACUAUACAAAAGUGUGACAUGUGUGUGUAAUAAAAGUGAGAAAAAUUUCUCCCGUAAAACGAUGUAUGAAGCUGAAGCUGAUAUACAUUGAUGGUACACGUAAGUCUGUCCAACAAUGGCGAACGAUUAUUGUAGAAUGUGAGAAGUAAUUUAUUUAAAUAAAUGCAGGGGAUAGAAGCUAUUGUUAUGGCUCGCGUGCUAAAAAUCGCAAUUUCGAGUACGUUAAACUAGUAUGUCGCAAUGUUGAGGACACACAAUGGGAUACUUUCAUUCUUUCAAUUAUUCAUAUUAACAAUUAUAGCGUGUAUGAAGAUGUAUAAAAAAAUAAAGCGAUCAUAUUACUAAGGUAAUCGUGUUAUGAUAUAACGGAAAUUUUAUUAAUGGCAAGAUAAAUGUAUCGAUCGUUAAUAAAGCAAAGUUUAACAACGGUGCGAUUGAUCUCGAACUGCGAAACUGUAAACUCUCCGUACAAAGCAAUUCGCUGUUGUAGAAAUAACAUCAUAAUCUCGAAUCAUCUUUUGACGUUAUCAACUAUAAUUGUAGAGCGAGAACGGUAACGGAAUUAGGAGUCCAAAUUGAAUUCCUUUCACGUUUAAGCCAGAGUCCUGCCAUGUUUUCCAAUAAGUGUGCAAGAGAAGAGAUCUUUUAUAGCGUAAUCAUAACAUAAAAAUAAUCGCGUUUCUAUUUACGAAGCUGUAAGACUUGCGAAAUAUUUAUAGCGUAGCACGUAGCGUCUUUAAUCACGAUGUGCAGUGUUUGUUAAGAGAGUUCGUGUACGUACAGAUUUGGAGGCGUUCAUCAAUUUUCGACCGUGUUGUUUCUCCCCGCUUCAAUUUAUCAUAGCCAAAUUACAAUCGACGCCACGAGAUGCGUCAAACGGUAACAUAAAUUAUCGUUAUUACAGCUUGAAUUAACAGCUCGGUUAAACUUGUGCUCGUCAGAAUUCUCCGAUAAAUAAUUAGACGCGAAGGUAAGGAAGUGCUUGGGUUAACGAACGCUAGCCUGCUUCACGAAAUUGGUAUCUAUAAGGCCCAUUUUUUAAUAAUAUAUGGUUAACGGAAAAGUUAAGUUAACUAAAACUUGAAAGUUAAUUAAAACACCCUUUCAUAAGCUUAUAAUCAAAUAAACUAAAGGUUACGUGCACAUGAGUUGAGUUGGCAAGUUAACUUGAUGGUUAAGUUCUAAUCAAAUGUUGUUAAACAAUAAACUUCUUGGUAAUUUUUAAUCUUUAGGUAGUCAUACAUUGUGAAAAUGGGCCUAAGCGAUUUAAUCCUAGAUAUACAUACUGGAGUCCCCGGGACUGCUUGCAGUUUUGUUAAAAAAUUGAAAUAUCGGAUCGCCAAAUUUUUUUGUUACUAUUUCAAAUAUGC